UGAUUUGAAUUACCUAUAUCAAAAAUUUUAGUGUAUCAGUAGUACAGAUAGUUUUACAUACUUCUAAUUAUUUAAUAAAUACGUAUAAUUAAGUACGCUGUAUAUGUUGUGGAAUAGUAUUGGCUAUAACGUUAAAUUAUUUUAUCUCUCUACACCACAGAACUCUACACCCACUUGUAAAUAUUUCGUAUCUACUCGCUUUACUACCUCCGGUCGAGAUAGAGAUGUUUUUAAUUUCGUAAAAUAUUGUUAUUUAAAUUAUGUGAUAAACAAAGUGUUUGCAAUACAAGUUAAUGUGAAGUGAUUAAACCAAAUCCUUGUCAAAAUGAUUUAUAAAAGUUAUUUUGGUGUGAUAAUUGCUAUUAUAUUCGUACAUACAAGUUUUACUCUAUCGCUAUACAGCAAACCUUGGGGUGAAAAAUAUGAAAGCAAUAGCUGUCCGAAAUUAUAUCCUAAAAAUUUUGAUAAUUUUAUGCCAAUAGGAAACCUAUCAGCUGGAAACUAUACAGAAAAAACAGAUUUAAAGGGUCUAAAAGAAUGUGUUAUGGCAUGUUGCCUUACUCAUAUCUGCAAUAUUGUGUUCAUUGUUGAUACAAGAUGCUUUCAUAUAGAGUGUGCGAGUGACGAACUCUGUCUACCACUGCCAAGAAAUGGACGCAAGUGGGAUAGCCAUGUGUCUAUGAUACUUGUGAAACCAGUUUCACCUAAUGAAAAUUGGUCUGAAAUACUAAGCCAAUCAAGUUUUAGAGAAGAAAGUAAUAAUUUCCAAGACGAAGAACCUGUAUAUGCAUAUUCUAAUCGUAAUAAUGAAAUUGCUGAUGUUGAUGAAUCCAAUUUCCUGUCACAUUUUAUCAACAACCUUCCUACAAUUGACGAAGAUGACUCCCAAUAUGAAAAAUAUACAAAUAGUAACGAUAAUGAGAUGAUGUUAGCAUCGCGGUUUUUGGAAAAGGUUGCAUGUGAAGUAGGGGCAAGUGAUUGUCCUUAUAAUGCAGAGUGCAUACCGCUGGGCCAUAAUAUGCAUAAUGGUAUUUGUAAGUGCAUAUUAGGGACUGAAAUGAAUGCACAGGGAUCUUGUGUGCCCAUUCGUCGAUCAUAUUCCAAAGGCCCAACUGAUUCAAUGGAACCAAUAAAGAAUCCAGAGGAUAUUUUGUCUCAAACAAAAGAAAAUAAACCAGUUCAAAAUCUAACAGUUUCCAUACUAUCAAAGGAGGUUCAACUGCCCGAAAAUGAAGUUACUUUAGAUGCAUAUACAAUACCUGAUGAAAAAUCCACAAUGAGUCAUUAUAACUAUGUAUGGACGUUGGUUAGCCAACCCAAAGAUACAUUCACAGGUAACAUGAAACAAAACGGAAGUACAGUGACUCUAACAGAUCUAACAGAGGGACAGUAUUGUUUUAAAGUCACAGUGAACGGAACUAAUUCAUAUGGUGAGGGUUACGCUAAUGUGACAGUGCUGCCGCCGAAACGCAUCAACAAGCCGCCUCAAGUGGUCAUCACACCACAAUCGCAGACUAUUAAACUACCUAAUUCUCUUGCCGUUUUGGAUGGAAGUGCAAGCAAGGACGAUGAUAGUAUAAUAUCUUGGCAUUGGGAGCUGACUUCUGGUCCCAUUGGCUACCAACCACCAUUAGAAGAUGGUGCAACAUUAGUACUAAAAGACUUGAAACAACCAGGAAACUACACAUUUAAAUUGACUGUGGAAGAUUCAGACCAUGUGAAAAAUUCUACGACAGCCAAUAUAACUAUUUUAAAUCCCACAGACUAUCCCCCAGAAGCAAAUGCAGGGCAAGAUGUAAUCAUAUACCUGCCUAACAAUAAUUUGACAUUAAAUGGUUCUCUUUCUACUGACGAUCACGAAAUAACAUCAUGGGAAUGGACGAAAUCUGCUGAAGACGCAAAUAAAGCAGUUGAUAUGCAAAAUACUCAUUCGCCUUAUUUACAGUUAUCGAACCUAUCGGAAGGCAUGUAUUCUUUCGUGCUCAAAGUGACAGACUCAUCGGGACAGUCGUCGACGGCGGGCGUGCAUGUGUUUGUCAAACCGCCGACAAACACGCCCCCUAUAGCCGAUGCUGGGCCUGAUGCUUUCAUAUCACUACCACAAACAUGGAUCGUGCUGAACGGCACUGGCUCGCGCGACGACCAUAAGAUAGUCGCGUACACCUGGCGUUGCCUGUCCGGUCCCACUAACUCUAACAUUAUCAACUUUAACGAGUCCAUAGCGAACGCCACGUCACUAACCAAGGGACAGUACGUGUUCUCGCUCACUGUGCUAGACGAUAAUGGCAACACUGCUACGAAGAAUGUCACUGUCACUGUCACGCAGAAUAAAAAUAGUCCACCGAAAGCCGAUGCGGGCGGAGAUCAAGUACUGACCUUACCCUUGCCUGUUUUAAUUCUAAAUGGGUCAAAAUCUUCUGAUGACUUUAGAAUAGUCUCUUGGAAAUGGACGAGAGUUUCUUCUGGUUUAGCAGCCGGCACUGUUAUAUUGGAUUCCGAUAAACAACCAGUAUUAAUGCUCACGAACAUAGAAGCCGGACGGUACGUGUUCGAACUGACAGUGACAGAUGACCAAGGAGAAUCGAGUCGAGAUACAGUUAGCGUACAAGUGAAGCCAGACCCGUUAGAGAUGAAGCUUCUAGAAAUGACCAUAAACACGCCCAUAUCGACGUACACCAAAAGCCAACUGGAUACGCUAGUGCAGAAAAUGUUGCUUCUACUAAAAGAGGGAGUGAAGGUCAACGUGACUGAGAUACGCGGGGAAAUCGAUACCGGCAAUACGGUUAUCAUCUAUUUUUUGUCUGAAAAGGGUGAAGCGAUGGACGGUUUAAUCGCGUUGCAACAGUCACGUAGCGCGGCGAUCUCGUGCGGAGCGGCGCGCGUGCGGCCCGUGCGCUGCCUCAGCGCGUGCUCGGGGCGCGGCGUGUGCGAGCAGGCCACGCGCACGUGCCGCUGCGACGCGUUCUGGAUGCAGAGCCUGAUCACGCAGCUGCAGCCGGACGCGAUGCCCGACUGCGACUGGUCGGUGGUGUACGCGAGCGUGUGCGGCGUGGGCGCGCUGUGCGCUGCGUGCGGCGCGUGGUGGGCGUGCGCGCGCCUCGCCCGCCGCGCCUGCGCGCCGCGCAAGCCGCGCCGCACCACCUACCGCCUGCUGCCGCGCGCUGACCUCGAGGACAAGCCCUUCACGAGCAAAGAUCUGUCCGAAACGGACACGGAUUCUGACGUGCUUUACGAAACGAAAAACAAAAUUACGUCAUUCACGUCACGCGCCGCGAACGGCGACGCGCAGACCAACGGAUGGAAGAAAAAUGGCGCUAAAAUGUCUCGACGGAUCAAAACGUAGCUCCGUCGCAUCGUGGCUUAUGUCCACGUGUACUUGAUUGAUGCAUUCCAUAAACGGGAACGGACACCACAUUGCCAUGUUAGUUCGGUGUCAGGUCGAUAACCGUUGUGAAUGCAGCCACAGACCGUAUUAAACUAAAUAAAGCACUUUCCUCGGGCACUUUCUCUAUUAGAGUAUUUCUGGAAGUGUUCGUUAAUUUAUACAAAAUUCCUCAUAGCUAAAGUAGACUAAAAAAACCAAAUAGUUCUUCAAAAUCAAGUUAUUUAAAAACAAUCUUCAUUAAAUUGCUCCACAAAGAAAACUUCUUACUUUAUGUAGUUUAAUAUGUGGUCUAUGGAUAGUUUAAAUAGAUCAAAUGAAUAAAGAAGAACUCUAGAAAAGUUACUGUGAAGUGUGAUUGACUCUUAGCUUAUAAAAGCUCUUUGACACAGAUGGAGAUUCUUUAACAUUUUGCAUCACUUCAUCAUAUUUCAAAUACCUAUAUGGCUACAUGUAUUAAAAUUAGCAUUUCUAUGCACAAUGUAAGGUAUUGUCCAGGUAUUGGAUUAACCCAAAAUUAUUAUUUUUAUAGGUACAUUUUAUUUUUGUUAUUUUUCUUUCACAGUAUUUGCUUUAAUCGGUAUAAGUAUAGGCGAUACAUAUGCGAUAAC